AACACAAGGCACUUCCUGUUACUCCGGAAGAGAAGACUUCUAAGCUCCUCCGCCGGCGGAGGGCCAGGUUGAAGGGAUGGCCGGGCGGACGGCGCGGCUGGUGUUGCUAGCUGGAGCAGCCGCGCUGGCAAGCGGCUCCCAGGGCGACCGCGAGCCGGUGUACCGCGACUGCGUGCACCGGUGCGAAGAGCGGAACUGCUCGGGGGGCGCACUGAGGCACUUCCGUUCCCGCCAGCCAAUCUACAUGAGUUUAGCAGGCUGGACCUGUCAGGACGACUGUAAGUAUGAGUGUAUGUGGGUCACUGUUGGCCUCUACCUCAAGGAAGGUCACAAAGUGCCUCAGUUCCAUGGCAAGUGGCCCUUCUCCCGGUUCCUGUUCUUCCAAGAGCCAGCUUCUGCCAUGGCCUCUUUCCUCAACGGUUUGGCCAGCCUGGUGAUGCUGUGCCGCUACUACACCUCCGUGCCAGCCUCCUCCCCCAUGUAUCCCACCUGCGUGGCCUUCGCCUGGGUUUCCCUCAAUGCUUGGUUCUGGUCCACAGUCUUCCACACCAAGGACACCGACCUCACAGAGAAAAUGGAUUACUUCUGUGCCUCCACCGUCAUCCUGCACUCCAUCUAUCUGUGCUGUGUCAGGACCGUGGGGCUGCAGCACCCAGCCGUGGUCAGCGCCUUCCGGGCCCUCCUGCUGCUGAUGCUGACGGCGCAUGUCUCCUACCUGAGCCUCGUCCGUUUCGACUAUGGCUACAACCUGGCGGCCAAUGUGGCUAUUGGCCUGGUGAACGUGGUGUGGUGGCUGGCCUGGUGCCUGCGGAACCAGCAUCGGCUGCCUCACGUCCGCAAGUGCAUGGCGGUGGUCCUGCUGCUACAGGGCCUGUCCCUGCUCGAGCUGCUCGACUUCCCGCCUUUCUUCUGGGUCCUGGAUGCCCACGCCAUCUGGCACAUCAGCACCAUCCCUGUCCAUGUCCUCUUCUUCAGCUUUCUGAAAGAUGACAGCCUGUAUCUGCUGAAGGAAUCGGAGGCCAAGUUCAAGCUGGACUGAAGGCCCUGGGAGUGGGUCUGCCCUGCC